AGAGGCAAAAGCCUACACCCUCUCUCUCUACCUCUACUUAUUUCACGUUAGGUUUCUAUAAAUAGCAAAGUGAGCUGCCCUCUCUUUCUCCACUAUACAAAACCUUUCCUCCUUCAUCUCUCCUUCUUCUUUCUUUUGAGAAAUUUCUGAAUUAAGCUCUGAAAAAAAAAUUGAAUUUUUAAUGGGGAGAGGGAGAGUUGAGCUGAAGAGGAUCGAGAACAAGAUCAACAGGCAAGUGACCUUCGCGAAGAGAAGGAACGGACUCCUCAAGAAGGCCUACGAGCUCUCCGUGCUCUGCGAUGCCGAGGUUGCCCUCAUCAUCUUCUCCAACCGUGGAAAGCUCUAUGAGUUCUGCAGCAGCUCUAGCAUGCUGAAAACACUUGAGAGAUACCAAAAGUGCAGUUAUGGAGCGCCAGAUACCAGUGUACAAAUAAGGGAGAGCCAGAUGCUGCAGAGUAGUCAUCAAGAGUACUUGAGACUCAAAGCGCGUGUUGAAGCUUUACAACGCUCACAAAGGAACCUUCUUGGUGAAGAUCUUGGUCCAUUGAGCAGCAAGGAGCUUGAGCAACUUGAAAGACAGCUUGAUUCGUCACUGAAGCAAAUUAGAUCAACACGGACACAAUACAUGCUCGACCAGCUUGCUGAUCUUCAAAGAAGGGAACAAAUGCUUUGUGAGGCUAAUAGGAGUCUGAGAAAACGGUAUGUGCAGUUGGAAGAAAGCAGCCAGGCUAAUCAACAACAAGUAUGGGAGGAUGCCAAUGCAAUGGGAUACAAUAGACAGCCAAAUCAACCACACGGAGAUCAAUUCUUCCAUCCCCUUGAGUGCCAACCCACUUUACAAAUUGGGUUUCAGCCUGAUCAAAUGCCCGGCCCCAGCGUGAGCAAUUACAUGCCUGGAUGGCUGGCAUGAAUAAACUUCUUAGUUAUUCAUUCUCUGAUAAAAGGGAAAACUAAAAGACGAUAAUUUUCUUGCGUAGAACAAUCAUAAUGCAAGUAUCCUCUGUGAAAAUCUACCCAUUUGUUUUGUGUGUCGCCUGUUCAUGUAUGAACUGCAUAAGUAUCUUCCUAUUAUUUGAAUGUAGCCAUAAAACUCGAACUUUGUAAUGCAUAUGUUGUUGUAUCUAGUGUCUAGCGUCUUGUAUCUUAA